CGCGCAUUGUAAAGAAGCAUUUGUGGAGAGGUGCGGAAGAAGAGAAGGAGGCUGUGGCGGGCGGGCGACAAGUGACUUGUGGGAUAUACCAACUCGAAAAACACACUCUGGAGCGGGAAGUCAAGACGACGAUCAUUGAAAACGCCUCGUCGAACGCCCCGACGACCAGGUUCGAUCUGCCGGACAGCGGAGAUCCAUCACAGGAGAAAGUUCAGUGACCCACCACGAAGCAACGCGUGGGAGUGGGAGUGGAAGGAAGGAAGGAUUCCGUUUGACUGAGGCGAGCCCCCAGCCGGUCUCGUCAUGGCAGGAGCUGGAGGUGACAUGCAGUGGUGCUUCUCUCAGGUGAAGGGAGCCAUUGAUGAUGACGUAGCCGAAGCUGACAUCAUCUCUACGGUUGAGUUUAACCACACCGGUGAGCUUCUGGCCACGGGUGACAAAGGUGGACGUGUGGUCAUUUUCCAACAGGAAAUUGAGAAUAAGAGCAUGCCUCAGUUUCGGAGCGAGUACAACGUUUAUAGCACUUUCCAGAGUCACGAGCCUGAGUUUGACUACUUGAAGAGUUUGGAGAUUGAAGAAAAGAUCAACAAGAUUCGUUGGCUUCCUCAGAAGAAUGCUGCUCAGUUCCUAUUGUCAACCAAUGAUAAAACCAUUAAAUUGUGGAAAAUCAGUGAACGAGACAGGAGACCCGAGGGCUAUAAUCUUAAAGAAGAAGACGGACGCUACAAGGAUCCCAACACUAUCACCUCAUUACGGGUGCCAGUUUUGAUACCCAUGGACCUUAUGGUGGAAGCCAGCCCACGCAGGGUGUUCGCCAACGCUCACACAUACCACAUCAACUCCAUCUCAGUCAACAGUGACAAUGAAACGUACUUGUCGGCAGAUGACCUGCGCAUUAACCUUUGGCACCUCGAGAUCACUGACCGCAGCUUCAAUAUUGUUGACAUCAAACCAGCCAACAUGGAGGAGCUAACAGAGGUGAUCACAGCAGCCGAGUUCCAUCCUCAUCAGUGUAACACCUUCGUCUACAGCAGCAGCAAAGGAACCAUCCGCCUGUGUGACAUGAGGAUCUCUGCACUCUGUGACAAGCACUCCAAACUUUUUGAAGAGCCAGAAGAUCCCAGUAAUCGCUCGUUCUUCUCCGAGAUUAUAUCAUCAAUCUCGGAUGUGAAAUUUAGCCACAACGGACGCUACAUGAUGACCAGGGACUAUUUGUCCGUCAAGAUAUGGGACUUGAACAUGGAGAACCGGCCAGUGGAGACCUAUCAGGUUCACGAGCACCUGAGGAGCAAAUUGUGCUCGCUCUAUGAAAACGACUGCAUCUUUGACAAGUUUGAAUGUUGCUGGAAUGGCAAUGACAGCGUGGUGAUGACCGGCUCAUACAACAAUUUCUUCCGGAUGUUCGACCGGGGCCAGAGGCGCGACGUCACUUUGGAGGCGUCCCGUGAAAACAUCAAGCCCAUGCAAGUCUUGAAACCCCGCAAGGUGUGCGUAGGGGGCAAGCGCAAGAAAGAUGAGAUCAGCGUGGACAGUUUGGACUUUAACAAGAAGAUCCUGCACACAGCCUGGCAUCCGCAGGAUAACAUCAUCGCAGUAGCGACGACCAACAACCUCUACAUAUUCCAGGAUAAAGUAAAUUAACGUGCACAAGCUCUGGUGUGUGUAUGAUGUCGUGAUGCACCAUCUGCCGCCUCGCGGCUUCAGCCAGGGUGGGUCAAAGCAACGCUGACAACCAGCAUCCCCUGUUUGUCGCUGCUGGGUGACCGGCCUUUGUUCCAGAUGGAAACAGAGGAAGCCUCGCUCUUGCCCAUCAUCAACCUGUCUGUGACAGUGACACCUGCCUUGUUGUUUCAGUGAUGUGCCAUUUUAUUUUGUUGGGGUGGGGGGGUUGUUUUGUUUUUUUGCAUUGUUUUUUGUUGUUGUUUUUGGUUUUUCCCAACCACCUACCUCUUCUGAGGUAAUGUGGAUAUAAUGGAUUAAGAUCCAAAAUUUUUGAGUACAAAUUUAUUUUUAUAACCUGCUCCCAUGACUCUGUGAAUUUUUUUAAUUAUUAUUAGUAGUAGUAUUAUUUCCCUUAUUGUCCCGUGCCAUAGUAGUGUUUAAUUUUCUUAGCGAAAAAUGAAAGUCUGUUUUAUUUUUUGGGGGGAUUGUUAUUAAUGUGUGUGCAUCCACCAUUUUUAUGAACCUAACUGUAAUGCGUUCAUAGUAUUGUUUGAGUCUCCUUCCAUAUCUUAAUUACACACACACACACACAAGAAUGCUCAAACGAUUGUGGACAAAGGCAACGAUCCGGUCUUAUCGGGUUGCGUUACUGUCUUGGUCACUGUUUUGGAGGGCCAAUAUGUUCCAAAAUAAUAAUAACAAUCAAAUUUGUUUUUUCCUGUAUUGAACAAUAGCAGCCUGAGAGUGGAUUUAAACAUAAUAAUGGUUGUCUAUUUAUAUUUAAAAAUUCAUCUAUCUCUGCAAUUAUUCCGUCCUCUGUUCUAAUAAUUUUAAAUAUGACAUUUUAGAAUUUUUACUUUGAGAUAAUCUCUAGUGGUGUCUUCCCUCACGGUGCGUUGCUUUAUAAGGGAAUUGUUUGCUAUGACACUGGACGUGCUCAGAGUAAAUUACGUGAAUGUGUUUGUAUGGCAAAUUUUUAAAACAGAAUUUUUAUUUGAGGCAUUUCAUUGCAUCCUGUUAAUUCAAAUUCACGCAUUACUGCCACUUUAAAUGUGUUGAUGCAAUGAGCUGGAAGAGAACUGAUGGGUGUUGUCCCCACACCGUACAAACGUGGACCAGUCAGACUAUUUGAUGCCUCUGUCGAUGUGCGACAACAAUUUAAAUAUGACGGUGAGCGGAAUAAAGGAACUACUUUUUGCA